UUUACAGUGGCAGGACCAGCUACACGUCACAAAAUAGUGACUAUAAAAUAUUUCUGAGCAUUGCUUAAAACAUUGAAACACUGAGGCAAUCAUGGAAAUAACCAAUUAGGCUACGAAAUUCUAAUUUCAUGUUGAUUAUAAAAUCCCUAAGAGCCUGAGACCGACCGCCCUCAACAUCCGCAGCUAUCAAUUCAAUGCUUUGGUGCGGGCUGGACACAGUGCCUGAGACGUUUACUCUGGAACAUGUGAAGAUUUGGAAAGUAGAGAGAGCCUCCAACAAAUUCUGAAGUUCACCUAUGCUCACUGGCAACACCCCUCUUUGUCCCAUAAAGAACCAUGUGGAGGAUCUCAGCGCUAUGGCUUCUGGUGUUACUACUGGCCGCUGAGGUGUGCCACUGUGAAGAUGUGGGGACCAUGCUGGCAUCCGAGGAGGUGCCUAACAUCCCUUUGUCGACCACCGUGACCCGCAGCCAGAUCCUCUCAGCUCAGUUUGAGUGCUACCUGAAGAUCAUCCAUGACCCAUCACGCAAUGAAGAUGGCAUAUUCUGUAACCGCACGUGGGAUGGCUGGCUGUGUUGGGAUGACUCUGCUCCUGGCACGGCCAUGCAGCUCUGCCCUGAGUACUUUCAGGACUUUGACCCCUCAGUGUUUUAUGUGUCCAUUCAAACAGAGAAAGCGACUAAAGUGUGCAACUCGGAUGGACAGUGGUUUCGUCACCCUGAGAGCAACCGUAUUUGGUCCAAUUACACCCAGUGUCAGAUGUACACUAAGGACAAACUGACGUUUGCGUUUAGCUUGUACUACUUAGCCAUUGUGGGACAUGGAUUGUCUGUGGUAUCUCUCAUCAUCUCACUCUGCAUCUUCUCCUACUUCAAGAGUCUGAGCUGCCAGAGGAUCUCCCUCCAUAAGAACAUGUUCCUGUCCUUUAUCUUCAACUCCAUCUGCACCGUCAUCUGGCUCUCUGCUGUAGCCAACAACCAGCAGCUGGGGGCCAGCAACCCUAUUGGAUGCAAGAUCCUGACAGUUCUGAACCAGUAUACGUUUGGCUCCAACUACUUCUGGAUGCUGUGUGAGGGGAUCUACCUGCACACUCUCAUCAUCGUGGCUGUGUUUGUGGGAGAGCAGCAGCUGUGCUGGUAUUAUGUCCUGGGUUGGGGCUUCCCCAUCAUUCCUGCCAUCACACAUGCUGUGGCCCGUGGGUUCUUCUAUGAUGACAGAUGCUGGAUCAGUUCCGACACACACCUGCUCUACAUCAUCCAUGGGCCUGUUCAUGCUGCCCUACUGGUGAACCUGUUCUUCCUGCUCAACAUAGUGCGUGUGUUGAUCACCAAGCUGCAGGUGACCCACAGUGCAGAGUCCAAUGCCUAUAUGAAGGCUGUGAGAGCCACUCUCAUCCUGAUCCCUCUGCUGGGAGCCCAGUUCAUCCUGGUUCCCUGGAGGCCAGAGGGACGUAAAGCCAGGGCCAUCUACGAGUUCAUCAUGAACAUCUUCGCACAUUUCCAGGGACUCCUGGUCGCAAUUAUAUUCUGCUUUUGCAAUGCUGAGGUACAGGCAUGUCUUAGGAGGAAAUGGGCACAGACUAAGCUGGUGUGGAAAUGGACAGAUUCCUACUCCCACACCAACUCCUCUGUGACCGAGACGAGACGUGCUACAGUUAGCCUGGAGCUCACCGCUCCUGAGGAGAACACCAUCAUUAAGCCAGGUGGUAGUGUGCACUACCAAGCCAAUGGACAGAGUAACGGCAAGCGCUGCACCAAUGGGGAGAUGGACAUGCCCAGGAUCCUGGAGACCACUGACAUCUGAUAGCACUGCACUGUCACUUCCCAUAGGCAUCAUCACAUGAUGCUGUCACAAACAGGCUCACUAAACUCACAGCAUGGCCACAGACAAUUGGUCAGUGCAGAAAACGGGGGCCAUGACCUUUUGUGUCACUGUAAAUGUUGGAUCACACACACGUGGUAAAAAUAUACACACAAAUGUGUACAAGAUACACAUGCAAGCACAAACACAACACAGACGAAAACACAUAAACAGACACCUGAUAAUGAAUGAGCAGCUUACAGGGUCCAGUUGAAACCUUGCAGACAAGUAUUCGCCACCAGAUGUAUAUACAUUUCACUGUAGCUUCUCAUUGUUGCUCAUGUUGGCCUUAGGCACAAGACAUUAUGCAACAAAUCCAGUGAUAAAAUGACCCAAUAAAGAGGGCUAUCGCUGGCAAUGUUUGAUCUUGGCCUUCAACGCUGAUCAGGGUCUGAUGUAAUCAAUUCUUGUUGGCCUAUUGGAAAGUUUGUACAGAAUAGAAGCAUUCAUAUAUUUAGAUUUAGUUUUUCUCACUCUGACACUGCCUAGGCUAUAUUGUAAAGAUUUGGAUCCGUCUUUUUUAUGUCACUUUAAUGAUGUGGAACUUAUUUAAAUGUGUGUUACAUAAGCUUACCUUUUUAGAAACAUGAAAUGACUGCUUAACUUGGCAUAGUUCUGACUGCUGAAUGUUGAGUUCUCAGAGGCAAGUAAGAUGACAGUGUAUAAGGCAUAUAACACAAUGAGGAAAAGUGUGGCUGUGUGCUUUGAAACUUAAACAGGAGAACCUAUGAUUCAGGAUGCCCUAUGUCUGACACAACACUUUUUAUCCAGUGUUGCUUUCUUACGCUUUAACAAAUCUUAUUUAUUGAGUUGCUAUACAUACUCUUUGAAGAAUCAAAGAGGAUACAUGUAUUAUACCACUGAGCUGCAGUUGAACUAUGCAUACUCUGUAUUUGUGUAGUGGGGAGAAUUUACAAUGCAGUGUAUGAAAAACAUUCCACUUUAACUUCCAAAUAAAUGACUAUGUUAUCUGUUUAAGUCAAAAAAUUUUAAUGUUAAUAAAUGUUUAUAUCAUUUA